AUGUCGAUGCUCAAGAAUUACGUACUUGGGGAAGGAGACGUAUCUCCAGCCCCUGCCGACAACAAUUCCCCAGUUCACCCUCUCCCUGCCUCGUGGUAUUCUUCACGGGAUAUACAUGAACUCGAGCGACGCGCCAUCUUCUCUCGGAAAUGGCUUUUGACCACGCACAAGCUGCGUUUCCCCAAAACAGGCGACUGGCUCCGAUACGAGAUCGCUGGGUACGCAUUCAUCUUGGUCAAAGAUCGCCAGGGAAAUAUCAACGCUUUCCACAACGUCUGUCGACACCGUGCCUUCCCCGUGGUUACUGAAGAAGGUGGCACCUCCGGGAUUUUCUCUUGCCAAUAUCACGGAUGGUCCUACGGCCUUAAUGGCAAACUUGCCAAGGCACCUGGAUAUCAAGAUCUGGAAGGUUUCGACAAGAGCAAGAACGGUCUUCUUCCAAUUCACGUUCAUAUUGAUGUCAACGGGUUUGUCUGGGUCAAUUUGGAUGCCGGCGAGAAACCUGAGAUCUCGUGGGAAGAUGAUUUCAAAGGAAUUGACUUACAGCCACGUUUCGAGGGGUUUAACUUCGAGGACUAUAACUUCGACCACACCUCUGAGAUGAGUGGGGAGUAUAACUGGAAGAUUCUGGCAGACAACUACAACAAGUCCCUCGGUUCAUAUGCUGUGGAUACCAGCGAUGGCAAAUCUACAGCCAAGAAGACUGCCCAUGGGCUGAAGAUUGCCAGCACUUACUAUUUCCCCAAUGCUGCUAUGGCUGUCUUGCCACACUCCUUCUUUAUGCAGCGACUCGUGCCGACGGGCCCCUCGACGUGCUCAGUGCGCUAUGAAGUUUACCGCAACAAGACCUCUACUGAUGAAGAGUUCGAAACUAUUAAUGAAACGUACAAGCGAAUUAUGUCUGAGGACAAAGACCUCUGUGUGGAAAUACAAAACAAUCUCCACCCCCAGGCGGAAGAAGAACCAGUCUACUUCCAGUCUGUCGUUCGUGGCCUGAUCACCGAGCACCACAAGCGUGAAGAGGAUGCAGGGGAGGAGAUUUGGCCUGCGCGACAAAGAAUCCCCAAAGAAGAGGCAGUCAGCAAGGAGGAUAUGGACUUUUGCUCCAAGCUGACAAGCAAUGACGCAUCAGCUUUGACUGCGGGGGGUUGUUGUGGAGGAGGAUGUGGGGGGGACCUCCCACUGUUGCAGCAACGGCACCGGAGACUAUGGUGGUUUAAUGAAGUGCAUGAUAGCGUUUGA